AUGAAAAAAAAUUUUAGAGAUCGAAGACAAACUGAUGCAAAUGCAACACUGGUUAAUCUAGGAACUUUUAUCCAUAAAUGUGGCCAACUUUUUGUACUGAAACUAGUUACAGAUGGAAUACCAUUUCCUAAUGCUUUUGUUUUUGAUAAAAAUAAAAAACAAAUAGGGAAAGUUGAGGAGAUUUUUGGACCACAGACAGAUGUUUAUAUUGCGAUUUCGUUAGAAAAGGAGUCGAAUGAAUUUUUUAUAUACAGCAACAAGCUUAUUCCAAAGAAUAGAUUUUUAGAAAGGUCUGAGACAGAAAAGAAAAAGGAGGCAGAAGAUAAAAAAAUCAAAAGAAAAGAAACUGUAUGUAAAAAUAGAGAAGAACGUAAGGACAGUAAAAAUAAUGGAUUUAGAAAGCAGAGUGAUAAGAAAUUUAGAGGAGAUAGGAAAAGUUAUACAAAAAAGUUUGGAGGGGGCAAUAAAUUCAGAAGUAGAAAAUAG